GCCGCGUUGUUCGGGCUGUGUCUAACGGUGCGAGUGUACGGCUGAACGAGUUUUUUUGACAAAGAUGAUUCCGCAUUUAGCCGAGACGACGCCUGAACGUUUCAUCCGUCCACCCGCACGCCCGCCCAAGUGUCUGGAGACCACCUACGCAAUUGGAGCAGCGAUCUUGAGAUGCACGUCUGCAAGCGGUCGAAGGUAAGGGAACGUCUCUCCCCUGCCCGAUGGAUCCAUCCACGGCAGUGUCGGUGCACUGGCAGAGGGAGCAUCGGGAAGAGAUGUACCGCUUGGAACGUACCCGUAUACCAGGAUCCGACGCUACCUUAGCUGGCGGAGUGCGUUGGACGACACCGCGCUGGGAAGACCGUGUGUUCUUUUCCUUGCUCAGCUCCCCUCCCGCUCUCAAGUUGAGCUCAGUGCAUCGGAGCGACACUGGGACUUAUACAUGCCACGUUACGUACGCCAAUGGAACACUCUGGAUUGCGUCACGUGUUGAUCUGUUCGUCGCCGUACCAAUGGGACCCCUGAUAAUCAAAGACGACAACGGGACCUUCCUGAGAGACAUCGCUGGUCCUUAUCGUGAAGGCGAUACUCCUGCCUUUACCUGUGAACUAGCUCAGUUUGACUACAACGUGACCAUGACGUGGAGCUGCGAUGGCGACCAUUGUGGAACGCAACCGCCGACGAUCCCGACCCCUACCGGGGGGUGGACGAGUACGUUGCAAAUGGGUACCCUUCGCAGACGACACUUGCUAACAAACGUCACCUGCGAAGCCAACAGCAAUGUCUCAAAUCCAGUCACUGUUUCAGUGCUUCUGGAACUGAGCCUGAUGCCUCUGACGGUCACCGUCCAAAGCUGGCACCCUACCAUCAUUGCCGGGCUUCCGCACGAAAUGGAGUGCACCGUCACCGGAACGCGACCGCCUCCGAGGAUCACCUGGUGGCUGGAGGAUGAAUCUCUUGAAGCCGUCUACAGCGACGUCUCCCCAGACGGGAACGUGUCUUCGAGCGUUGUCAUCAUAACACCCACAGCAGAAGCCGCUGGGAAAUCGCUGGAAUGCCGAGCGGAAAAUGCACGUUUGCCGCAGUCGCCUGUCAGCGGAUAUUACAUCAUCGGCAUUCCAAGCAAACCCAUCGUGGAAUUGGAGCUAGGUUCGGGGCUAAAUGUCAGCCACAUCAGCGAGGGUAUGGACGUCUACAUGGAGUGCACCGUGCUGGCUGUUCCCUCCGAGUCAGAAGUCGUCUGGACGCAUAACGAUAGGACGCUGGCGGCUGGCACCUCUGCUGGCAUGCUAGUCACUCCUCGCUUUCUCGUCAUCCGCUCGAUCACGAGAAAACAUCGUGGUCAGUAUGUCUGCAAGGUCGCCAAUGACGAGGCAGAAGUGGAGAGCACACCGCUUGUUCUGCGUGUCAACUACUCUCCAAGGUGCCAGCACGACGCCCCACGGCAGCUGGUGGUUGAAGCCCAGAGGCUCGUCAACGUGACCUGCGCUGUGGACGCUGAUCCUCCGGCGCUGUCCUAUUCCUGGUCCCUGAAUGGAACGGGUGCCUUGACAGGUGUCGGCAGCACGAGCACACCCAGUCUUCAAUUCAAAGCACAGAAUCUGCCCGCGACCUUGCUUUGCUGGGCUCGAAACAGAGUAGGGUUCCAGAGGGAACCGUGCCAAAUUCUGCUUCUUCCCCGACCCCUCGGCCCGAGCAAAGAUCAAGCGGUAGACGGUCUCAAUUGUUCAGUUGGAAGCUACACUGAGGUGUCCUUUAUGCUCUCCUGCCGGACACAUCACAACGUCAGUCAUCUCACGGUGGAAGUCUAUGAAGCCGGCAAAAAAAGGGCACUGGCACAAAAGUUUAACACUUCUUCCUUGAGUGGCAUUUGGACGGGAAAGCUGAAGCCUGCAACAGACUACCUGGUGGUCGUUCACGCUCCUUCUGGUUUGACGUUUCGAACUUACGUUCACACGUUGGUCCCUGCGCAGAACCUCAAGAAGCAAUCUGGAGGAAGCUGGUUCUCCGUUUCGGCCAUGUUUGCUGUUGCGUGCGGCAUAGUCAGCUGUCUAAUCAUUGGCGGAAUAGGGCUGUGUUGUUUGUGGACAAAGCGGACACAGAAACCAGGUCGCCAAAAUGAAGUGCAGAAAGGCACGGACAGUAAACCUAACGCGCUCUCAAAGGAAGAUGGUUCUUAGAAGAUGCCCUCCAGGACAUGUGUGUGUGUGUGUGUGUGAUCCGUCCAAGAACUGAAAUGUGCCUUGCCAGGUGACUUCUUGACGUCACCGCCGUAUCAACUCAUCGGUGAUGCAGUGUGUGUGUACGUGCGCUUUCGUAACUCUCGAGAGUGAACUGAAAGCCAAAAGGUGCUAGGCCACGCCACAAUGGUCUCAGGGAAUCUCAUUCACACCUGCAACGGGCGCUGCAGUGGAACUCAUAAUAUGACAGCAGCGCCACUGUGUACAUAUUGUGAACAUCGUGCGCAGUGCGUAUAUAACAACCCUCGUUGCGGCUUGGCACUUCGGAUUCCCAAGCCCCAUAAAUCCGGAAUUUAGCUGUUAAGAAGCGUUAAAAUUUGGGCCGGUUGGUUCCGCGUGCUACAGUCGAUAAAAAAACCCCAGUGCGAGGGAUGUAGAAGGACGAACACAGCACUGCCUUGCAGUGCCUUGUCUGUGUUCGUCCUUAUACGUAGCUCGAACUGGUUUUAAUGCGUUAGCAUUAGAAUCCUCGCUACGAAAGAAUCGAGGCAUGGUCUGUUUGUAGUCAUUGAAGUGGAGAAAGGGAGCUCUGAGCGGAGAAGAGGAGAGGGGAGAGGAGGCGCGCUGCGGAGAGGGAAAGUACAGGUGGAGCGCUUCGCGGAAGUUGGUCACGGUGGAGAGGACGCGCGGUGAGGCGAGGGAAGCGCGGUGAGUGGAGAGAGAAGGAGAGUGCGCGUGGUGCGGCAGUGCAGCCGCGGUGGUCGACAGGUUCGGACGUGUCUGGACGGUCUGGACGGACGCCAUGGAGUACGAAAGCUGUGCGGAGGAGCGGCGGCGACAGAAGGCUGAGGCUGCGAGGCGGCUCCGCCAGGCUGAAUCGAAGGAAGCCGUAGAGGGUUGUUUGCCUGCGGAUGCUGUCUUGCGUUAGCGUUGUGUAGGGUCGUUGAAGGGUUGUGUAGCGUUGUGAAUGGGUCCCAAAGGGUUUUCAAGUUUUAAUGCUAACACAUUUCCGUCGGAUCCAGCACUGGAUCCAAAAUGCAUUUUGUGUGUGUGUGUGUGUGUGUCGGUUUCAGUCGCUAUUGAGGUUGUGAAGCAAUUUUCACACUGAGAUAAAGUGAGAAAAUACGCUGUUGCGGCAUACUGUUGUUCCGGCUGCGUCAGCGUGUGUGUGUGUGUGUGUGUAUUUUACUGCAAAGUAUGAAUCUUUCGCUUUGUAUUGGAUUAAACUCUCUCC